UGGUUUCUCCCAAAGCAUACAUGAGGGGGAUAAAAUGGACAAAGACUGUCGCCUCUUUGUGCACCAAACAUCCUUGUUCCUUUGGAUCUCCCGCCACCACUUCCCUUCAAAACCUAGACCUGCCUGAGAGAGGGAAAGGACCGCAGCACAGCCCCCUGUUUUCGUUCUCCGCAUGUUUGGUCAAGAAAUGCUGUGUUUGUUGGUAGAACGGGCCGGUCGUGUGAACUCAGAGAGGGCCAAGCUCUAGGAUAUCCUACCUCGUCCAUUCCGAAAAGUGAGAUUCGUUAAAAGGAGAGAGAAGAUGGAGAGAACCCUGGGGAGAUUUCUGCGGGCCAUUCUCUUCCUCAUUUUGAACACUCUUCAUGUGGAUUCCAUGCAAACAGUCAGUCUGGUGGAUUCCUGUGGACAGAGCAUCAGGGCCGAUGGGAUCAUUAUCAACUCGCAUCAAGAAUCUCAAAAGGGUUAUUUUGUCACUGUUGGGACUGACUGUGAGUUCACCAUGGAGGCUAUUUCCCCCAGGGACAAAAUUCAGUUCCAGUUCAGAUUCUUCUUGGUCUACAGUCUGCUCCGAGAGUCUUCUAUUCUUCAGCCUAUCACUGCAGUUCAGUUGCUGCAGCCCAAUGUGACAGGAACUCUGUCCCUGCUGAGUACCUCCAGACCAGGACAAAGAGUGGGCCUGCCACUUCAGGGAGAGGAGGUUAUUGACACAUGCAAUGCUGGAUCGUAUGUACGAUUUUAUGAUGGUAAGGAUAGACAUUCACCACCUAUUCGCUCCCUUCUAUGUGGGAAGAGGAUCCCCAAGCCAGUUUUAUCAACUGGGAACUACCUGACCUUAAGACUGGUCACCAGAGGUCAACAACCCCGAGUGGACUUUGUUGGAGAUUUCACAUCUUUUCAACCAGGAUUCGAGACUUCAGCAUGCAGUGAAGAGCAGUAUUUCCAGUGUCAAAAUGGAAAAUGCAUUCCCAAGAGUCUGGUCUGUGAUUCCAAAAGUAUUGAUAACUGUGGAGAUGGCAGUGAUGAAUCCGAACUUCAUCCAACAAAAUGCAAAGAGAUUUUGUUUAGCUCAGCCAGUGUUGGUAAAGGCAGCCCAAGCACUAUGGAGCCUAACAAUUCACUGUCACCUUCCUUCAACUUCACUGCUCUCUGUCAAACACCAAAUAGACAUCAUCACCUUCUACCACACAGUGUUCCUUAUCCAGACUCUGCCUCAGACAGCAAGUCCUAUGUUUCGCUGCUUGCACUCUACAUCAUCCUGGGAGUCAUUGCUGGGCUGGUCCUGCUGUUCUGGUGUUGCUGGUCACCAGAGAGACCUUCCCUGGACACGCCUCGAAAGCAUGAUGACGAGUGUUCGGAGUUUCUCCAAAGCAUGUAUUGUACUGUGCUUAAUAAAAUUUGGUUGUUUGUUUACAGAAGUUGGUGUGUUGCAGUUGCGUCUAAUGUGUAAGAACCUCCAGAAAAAAUAACAACAAUUCCUUUCUCAAUUUGAUGUUGGUCAGAAUAGAUAUGUGGGCUGAAUGGCUUGAGUAUGUGCUAUGUGAUGCAAUGACUCUAUUAUACAAUAUUCUGUAGCAUGUUCUUUAGUUGGUUCCUCAACGUAUUGAUUUUGAAGACCAUCACAUACACACUCCAGAAAAUUCUCCUCUGAUGUUGUUAGAGUCAGAGAGAAAGUCACAGGCCUUUAGCCCACCAUGUCUAUGCUGACCAACAAACACCAAACUACAUUAUUCCCACUUAUAUGCACUGGGCCUAUAGCCUACAAGCCCUGACAUUUUAAGUGCUCAUCUUGUGACAGGACCUACCUCUACCACCCCCUCAGGCAGCAUGUUUCAGAUUUCUACCACCCUCUGGUGAAAACAUUGAUUCUCUCAUCUCCUCUAAACCACUUGCUCUUCACCUUAAACUUCUGCCCUCUGGUCUCAUCAUCUGCUCUCAUAAUUUUGUAUACUUCAAUCAGACCGCCCUGCAUGCCCCCACCCCCACCCCACGCCUUCUCUGCUCCAAGGAAAGCAAACCCAACUCCCCCUAUCCAGCCUCGUCUCAUAACUGAGCCUUUCCAUUCCAGGCAUCAUCCUGGUGAAUCUGCAUCCUCUCCAGUGCAGUCGUGUCCCUCCUUAUAGUGUGGUGACCAGAACCGCACACAAUAGUCCACCUGUGGCCUAACCAAUGUUUUACAAGAUUGUAAUAGUUCCCUGCUCCCAUAUUCUACAAUUCAUUCUGAUUAUGUUUUCCCAAUGUAUAUGCUGAUUAAAGUCACCCAUAAUUACAGCUACACCUUUAUUGCUUAUGUCUCUAAUUUCCUGUUUAAGGCCAUUCCCAACAUUACCACUACAGUUUGGCAGACUGUAUACAAUCACAGUAAUAUUUUUAAACUAUUGGUGUUUCUAAGCUCUAACCAUACAGAUUCCAUUUCACCAGAGCUAAUCUUCUUUCUCACUAUUGCAACCAGCAAUGCUACCCCACCUCCUUGGAGUUUGCACGUUCUCCCCGUGUCUGCGUGGGUUUCCUCCGGGUGCUCUGGUUUCC